UUUCCGUUACAGGGGCGUGUAUGAAAGGGGAUCGCUUGCCGCGUGCGCUCUGGCGCCGUGUUUCGCGAAGCCGUUAAAACACUACAAUUUUCAUAUUUUGUUGGCUUGUUUCUUAUUAUUUUCAGUGGACAAUGGAAGCGUUUAACAAACUUCUGUUAGAAUAUCCCGAAAUAAUGUACGGAGGAGUAGGAUUUACGGCGUUUGUCGCCGGGGGAGCGCUGAUAUACAAAAUUUCCACCAGAAAGAAACCGAUCCAUGCAAAUGUGAACUGCUGGUUCUGUAAUGAGAACACAGUGGUGCCAUAUGGGAACAGGAACUGCUGGGACUGUCCCAGCUGUGACCAGUACAAUGGCUUCCAGGAGAAUGGGGAUUACAACAAAACCAUCCCAGCUCAGUAUAAGGCACAUCUAAACCAUGGUGUAUCUGGAAGCCUUCCCUCAUCUGAGACACCCCAGACACAGCAGUGGGUCAACUGUCAGAUGUUGCUGUGCAGGAAGUGCAAUAACAACCAGUCUGUAAAGAUCAAGCAAUUGGCCUCAUUUAUCCCAAGGGAUGAUGAAAAUUAUGAUGAGGAAAUCGAAGCCUACAAGCACCACCUGGAGCAGACCUAUAAGUUAUGUAAGCCGUGUCAGGUAGCAGUGGAGUACUACAUUAAAUACCAAAAUCGUCAGCUACGUACAGUGCUCCUCAGCCAUCAGCUUCGACGUACCAGAGACUCUAUCAAGAGCUUUGUAAAGAACUCCUACUCUCUGUCUUCUCCCGUGGGGGUCACACUGUUACGAGCACUUGCCUUCCUGAUUUGUGCUUUCUUAGUUGCUACAGUUUUCUUUGAAUUGCCGGACCAGCCUCUUUCACCUAGUGGCCCACAGACAUUAAGUGGUGGGAUCACUUCUCCUCCUAAGCCCUUCAUUGAAUCCACCCCCAAAAACGAAAGCAGUGCAGACGUACCUGUAUAUCAGGGUCUGUUGGAACUGCUCCCAAACAAGGCUCUAGAAAAUGCCAAGCUUGUAUGGCAGCAUGGAAGGGACAACCAGCUGGCUGUAGUCUCUGUUGGCCUGUUGACUUGUCUCACCGCUAUCUUCUUAGCAGGAUCUGCAAGGCUGAGGAGAAUUGAUGCUGUGGCCUCUGUCCUGUGGUUCGUCAUUCUGUGCCUCUACCUGGCUGAGAGCUAUUUGACUGGUGCCUCGGGUUGGAUGGACACAGCCAAGAACUGUAUCGUCUCUCUCUGUUGCCUAGUCAGCUUUGCUGCUGCUGUGGCAACUCGCAAACCACUGGGUCUACGAAGAGGCAAAUAUCAAAGAUACCUUGCAAGCAGCUCUGCAGUUCCCUCGUUCAGCAGCCAGCCUCCUUUGCUCUCUCCGGACCUGGCAGACUCCUUCAUCCCCACCCCACCCCCGAACCUCUCCAAGCUCAUCAGCUGCAAACAGAGUCCUCACAAGUGCAGCGAUUCCCCCUCCUCUCUGCCCGGGCGCCUCAGCAGAGCCCUCAGCCUUGGGACCGUCCCGUCCUUCAAACGGACAGAUUCUGGUUACUUGUUUAGUGGAAGCCGACCAGCCUCACAAUACAAAGACUCCCCGCCCUCAGACUACUUUUCACUGAUGUCUGGGAGCCGCCCAUCAUCCCCGAGCCCCUCUCCAACUCCUUCAGUAGCUGAGUCAUAUACAUCCAGCUUAGGUUCUGCCAGACAACGCCGUCCUCUCAUCAGCCCUGCUCGCCUCAACAUCUGUAGUCAGAAAAUAUGGCUUUUCUCAACAGAGCCAGAACCCAAGCUCUCUCCCCCACCUGUGUCUCCAUUAUAUUCCACUGUAGGGCCAGCUUCUCCUGUUUACAGUGGCUGCUUUUCCCCUGACAUAUCACCCUUCCAAAGCCAAAAUGAUUUGAGUUUGAGACCCGGCAGUGUGAUUGGUCAGGAGGAGAAGAGCGAGACAGGCAGCUCCUCGGGGUCCUCCUCAUGCCUGGUUGGCACUACAACACAGGUGCCAGAGAGCCCCCCUCCUUCAAAAGGUUUCCUGAAGCGUCUUAUCUUGCCAGGACUUUUAACAGUGAGCCUGGCUGCCAAUCUGGUCUUCGCCUGCCUCUGUAUGUACCACUACUGGAGAUGAACUGUUGAUGGGUCUGCUGCUCUUAUUUUGUGACCUGCACAGAGUGAGUCGGCCAAUAGCCCUUGACAGCCCUGUCAUGUCUGUAGGUCAUUCAGCAAUGCCAGAAAACUUCUGGCAGUUUCUUAAUGUUUGUUGGUGCUUAGUAAAAAUACAGAUGUCAGCUGAUGGAUCUCCAACAGCAAUACCUCCUGUUUGAUUGGCGUUAUGAAAAGACUGUAUGGUAAUAAUCAAAUAUUACGCUUUUGAAUUUGUUGUUCAUGACUGCUCGAAAAAUAUUUUGGCUUUUGUGAUCUGGCCUUGUUUCGUCUUUUUGUUUGUUGCUGCUCCUGUUACAUAAACACAGGUGCAUGUAUAAUUGAUUUUUAAAGGCUCAGUUCUUGCACUGAUGCUUAAUGGCUCUUUACAAACCACGCUGUGAAAUGUGCAAUAAACAUAUAAUAUUCAGUCGAUGCUGCUCUGACACAGAGGGCCAUGUCUUACCCACUUACUGUAAAUUCUCAUAUAUAAAAGCUGAUAUUUAACUAAUGGCCAAGUCGCAGAAACAGACACUGGGGCAAUUAGCUGUAGCCUACUACAACAUUAUACUGAUUUACUCAAGACAAUGUGUAAAUAUUGAAGAAGUUGAUAGUUCACAGUAAUGGGGGUACAGGGCAAACUGGGGAUACAGGCCUUUCUCUGACAUAAGCUUGUCUCAAAUAAGAGAACUAAAGAAAGGCCGUGGCUGCUUUUUUGAGAAUUUACGGUACCGGUGCAGUGCCCGCCAAGCUGGAGUGUGACCCUGGAUGUCAUCAGUGAUACCAUCAGAGGGUUCUGAAUUCAAAAGAAAUGGUAAAAGCAAGUGCUGUUAAAAUAAACUGAGGAAUCUGACGAUUUUUUUUUUGACAUCUGCUCAUCAGUCAAUGCAGCACUUCCUUGGGUCCUCUGCAAAACACUUAUAUGGUUUGAAGUCAUAAUAUUAAAACCACCUGCCUAAUAUUAUGUAGGUCCCCCUUGUACUGCCAAAACAGCUCAGACCCAUUGGGGCAUGGACACUGGACCUCUGGGGGGUGUCCUGUGAUGUCUGGCACAGGUACAUUGGCAGCGGAUACUUUGGGUCCUGUGGGUUGCAGAGUGGGACCUCCAUGGAUCUGGCUCGUCCCAGCGCAUCCCAAAGACAUGUGGAUGGUGUGUGUCAAAGUAACAUCCAGAUGAAUGCCAGGACCCAAGGUUUCCCAGCAGAACAUUGUAUUGUAACGAGAUGAUUAAUGUUCUUCACUUCACCUGUCAGCGGUUUUAAUUCUGUGGCUGAUCUGUGUAUAUCUCACAGUGAACCAGGUCAAUGUCAUUUACUACAGAAAUAGUUCUCUUUCUUCAAACCAUUUCAUUUUCUGUUCUCAUACAUAAAUCUGUCCACAGGCUAGUUCGUAAGGGGCAAAACUCCUAAGGUCAAGUGCAAUAUUAAAAAAUAUUAUUUCUAAUCCAUAAAAACAGAUCUUGUUCAUAAUUACAUGACUUUUGAAUAAAAAGGCACAGAGAUUCAGAAAGAAGAACUGAGCUGUAAAAUUUAUACAGACUUUUCCAAUAACUACAAACUAUACAUGUUAAAUUGGAAAGACUUUUGCACUUGUUUUUCUGAAUGGUAUUUCCAAGUUUUUUUUUUUUUUUUAAUGUUUGCUUGUGUUGUAUUUUGAAUAUGGAUACGCAUAUGUAUGAUUUGAUAUUGUUCUGUUAGAGAUGAAGAGCACAGAUGUUUGAAUUAUUGUUUGUGUGUAUGCUGAACAUGUGAUUUACAGUUGUGCAUUUGGACACCUGUAAGAUGUGUGUAAACGAGUUACCAUUGGUUUUGCCUGUUUAAAAAAAAAAAAAAAUAAUAAUAAUCAUGUUUUUGUUGUUUUCUUGUGGGUGUUUAUUUUCCACAUGAAAAGUUUUGUUUUGUUGAAAGAACUUUCACUUGAUUUAUGAAAGGAAUAUGUUUGUUCUCUUUGUGUAAUGAAUGGGUUAUGUGGUUUUUCUCAGACACUUAAUGCUAAUAUGAAUUUGUGGUCAUUUUGAAGUGCACUUGUCAGUUUGUUUGAUGUUUGUUAUUUUGAGCCAAAGUAAACUUGCUACUGAAUGACUUAUAAAUGACUUGGAAUUGUCUAGAAAACUAUAAUUAGACAACCUUGCAACGAAUAAUAGUUUUUGAAGACUAUUAUACAUCAACAUUCUGGAUACAAAAUUGUGCAUCUGUAUGUGACGUGUAACCCUGCAUAUGUAUUUCUUUUCUGUAGGAGGCUUAUUAAUUGAAAGAUCAUGUACAUGUUGAAAUGUAAAUGUACUUUCAGUCAUCAUUAUUCAUAUAAAAAUGUAUUUUUGAAUUUGUAUUUAUUUUUGAAUUUGUAUUUAAAUUGUAAAAGUGCACCAUGCUUUUCUUCACAUCACCAUUUUGUUUAGUCAAAGGUUGUCCAUCUCGGACUCUUUUUGUUAUUAUUUUCACUAAUGUUUUGAAGAGUUGUGCUCAGCAGUGCAAAUGUUUGUCUGCAGAAGAUGCUUUGUCUGUGUGAUUGUAAGGAACAACAUUGGCUUGUUUCAUCUGGACCAAUACUUUUUGAAUAAACUGUUCUUUUUUUUUUUUCUUUUUUCAAAAUUA